GAAAAAAUUGCUAUCGACUGCGAAAUGAUGCAGUCCAACAUCGGCCAGGUCCUUGGACGCGUUUCUGUCGUCAACUAUGACGGCAAAACCAUAUUUGACAGCUUCAUAUGCUACCCCGAGCCGGUCAACAUCACAAACACUGAUGAACGGUUUUCUGGGAUUCGCUGGGCCGACAUCGAUCCGCAGAAUGGAGCCAGGUCUUUUUCUGAAGUCCAGGCUCAACUGAGCGAGCUUCUUCGUGAUAGGGUGGUGAUCGGCCACGAUAUUGAAAAAGACUUGAGGGUCAUCACUAUGAAUUUGCCUGCUCGCCUUUUGCAGCUUCAAGGCGUUGCCCGUUCAGCCACUUGUCUCAAGUUCGACAUAUCAGUCCGCGAUACACAAAAGUAUAGUGGGUACCGCAAAUACGCCAAUCCUGGUGCUCACCAGGGCCCCAAUCUCAAGAAUCUGGCGCUGGAGGUUCUGGGUCGCUCAAUUAAGCAGGGUCUUAUGUCGAGCGUAGAAGAUGCGGUGGCGACCAUGGAAAUAUAUCGC